AUGGCUUCUGCCCCAAUCACCAAGAGGAUGAAGGGGGAAGCCACAUGUGCUGUCUGCCUGCAACUAAUGUCUGAGCCUAUGAGCAUCAGCUGUGGACAUAGCUACUGCACACUGUGCAUCAUCAGCUUCCUUGAGAACCUAGGCCAUGCAGAACCAUCGCCAAAUAUGUUCCCCUGUCCCCACUGCCCGGCUUCAUUUCAGUUGUCCAGCCUCUGGCGUAAGUAACUGGGAAGUCUCAUUGAAGCCAUCAAGGAGAUGGAACAUGAAAUGUCAUGUGAGGAACACGGAGAGCACCUCCAUCUCUUCUGUGAAGACGAGAGCCAGCUCAUAUGCUGGCGCUGUGAGCGGUCACCGCGGCACAAGGAGGACCACACAGCUCUCAUCGAAGACGUAUCCCAAGACUACAAGGAAAAGCUUCAGAAUGCUGUGACAAAUUUGAAGCAACUAGAAGAGGAAUGUAUGAAACAGAAGGUGUUCACAACAAAGCAAAUAAGUGAAUGGAAUGAGAAGAUAGAGAUUCAGAAACAAAAAAUUCAGUCUGACUUUAAGAAUCUUCAGAGCUUCCUGCUAGAAGAGGAGAAGUCUUAUCUCUGGAGACUGGAGAAAGAGAGAGAGCAGACUCUAAGGAGACUAGAUAAUGAGGCCACUCUGGAACAGAAGAAUCAAGAGCUCAAGAGUCACAUCCUGGAACUAGAGGAGAAAUGUCAGGGGUCAGCCCAGAAGUUGCUACAGGAUGUGAAAGACACUUUGCGCAGGAGUUGGGCUGUGACGCUGGAAAUACCAGAGGCCCACUCUUUGGAACCUCAUACUGUGUGCAGUGUUUCUGAGCUAUAUUUUGAUGUGAAGAAAAUGUUACAGAGCUAUCAAGUAAAUAUUCAGUGUGACCCUGGACCAGCUCAUCAUGAGCUAAUUCUGUCUGAGGAUCGGAGACAAGUGACUCGUGGAUACCUCCAGGACAAUCUGAAAAAUUCUUCUAAGAGAUUUAGUGUCUUACCCUGUAUCCUGGGCUGUGAAGGCUUCACCUCAGGAAGACAUUAUUUUGAAGUGAACGUGGCAGAAGGAACUGGGUGGGACUUAGGAGUCUGUUUGGAUAGUGUUCAGAGGGACGUUGGUGUGAUACAAAAGCCUCAGUCUGGAUUCUGGGCCAUUAGACUAUGCAAAAAGAAAGGCUACGUAGCACUUACCUCUCCCCUAACUUCCCUCUUUCUGAUGGAGCAGCCCCUGGUUGUGGGGAUUUUUUUGGACUGUGAUAUUGGAGUUGUAUCAUUUUACAACAUGACACCUGGAUCCCACAUAUUUACCUUCCCAAAGACCUCCUUCUCGGAUACUGUGCGGCCCUAUUUCUGGGUUUAUCAACAUUCUCCUUUGUUUCUGCCUCCCCCAGACGAGUAA